AUGAAGCGUGCAGCGCCAGAAUAUGGGCAGCGCACCUUGCCGGUAGGCGUUCUUCCGAUAGACUUUGAUGGUAUUCCUACAGAUGGUGCACAGUAUCUGGCCAUGGUGCGCGACGAGGCGAGCAAACAGCCGCGCAUAAUGCACCUCGCGUCUUUCCAGUCUGUGCACCCCAAGCCUGUGCUCGACUCCGUCACUCAGCGCCGUAGUUUUGUGCCGAGUGCACGAUGGCGGACUGUGUUUUUGGAGCGAUUUAAUCGAUUGCAUUGUACUUUGCGAGCGCCUCCCCCCCGCCAUACUGGGCAGCGCCGCACACGUAAGCCAGCCAUACACGACGAAAAUGGCUGGUACAUGUAUAUACAUGGACGCAUGCCACCAGACUCACAAGAGAGGCAGAAAAUUUUUAGGGCUCUGCAGUAUAUGGAGUCUGAAUUUGAGCCUGUGUCUGAGCCUGUGUCUGAGCCUGUGUUUGAGCCUGUGUCUGGGCCUGAGCCUGUGUCUGAGCCCGUGUCUAUGGCCGAAUCGGGAAGCCUUGUUACUGAUACGAGCGACGCGCCGGAUGAAAGCUCAGCGUGGGAGACAGAAGAGUUUGACGAAAAAAGCAGUCUGGGCAACCUCAACCCACUAUACCUGUGCCAAAGGGAUGAGGCAGAAGUGUCAUUAAACGAAAGCCCAUCGUCCUCCGCUAUGGAUACGGCAUCCGAUACAUCCUCGUGUGGCACGUCUGCCGACGAGGUUGAUGCAGCGCUUCCAGUGGACUAUACUCGCACUACUCCCACCUUAGCCGACUUUGGCUACCGCUUCCGCGAGCCAACGGUGGACGCAGUUGCCUCGUUCGAAAUCGACGAUAUUCUUCGCCUGCUCCAGCUUCUACGCAAAUGGAUGCAACAGCCGCACUUUACAAUAAACACAGGUCUGCAUCACAUACAUAUGCGCUGGAUCUUUGCUCUCCUCGCACGACUCGACCGGCGCCUGUCCGGCGAAGAAAUUGCGGGGCUCCGUGCAUUAGCGCGUGUAUGCAUGACGGCCAUUACAAAACAGCGCAGUGAACAUGCACAUCAGAUGCUAGAUACACAAGACGUCACUACGGACCUGCAGGUCGGUCCGUGGCUUCUGCUUACCGUAAUUGUCGGUGCAUGGGGCCAGCUCGACUUGUGGGAGGAAAUCCAAGGGCGCUAG